AUGACUUUAUCAUAUGAAACAAGAAUGACUACUGAAACAGAAUUAAUCUUUUCACCUGAGCGUACAUCAAAUAGUUCAUGUCGUGCAUUUUCUAGUAAAAAAGCAAGUCGUCGACGAAUAGCAAUAAAUCAUCCACCCAAACCUGUUUCGUGUCGUGUUUAUAGAUAUUUUACACCAGCUGCUAAUCGAAUAGCAAAUGCUGUUUCAGUUAGUUCGAAUACAUUUGGUGUUGCUAUGGAAAGUCCAUAUUAUACAAAAUCAAUUUCAUCUACUUAUUGGGAUCAAUGUUUUGAACAUCUUGAAUGUCUUGGUCGUGGUUCAUUUGCUGAAGUUUAUAAAGUUCGUCAUAAAGAAGAUAAUCAAUUAUAUGCAAUCAAACGUUCAUUAACUAAAUUUCGUGGCAAAUCCGAUCGUGAUGAAAAAUUAAAAGAAGUUCGUUUUCAUGAAACACUAGCUACACAUAGAAAUAUUCUUAAAAUAAUACAUGCAUGGGAAGAACGUGAACGUUUAUAUAUUCAAACAGAACUUUGUGAAAGCAAUUUACUUGACUACUCAGCAGAACAUCAAAUAACUCAACCAAUGAUUUGGCAUUUUCUUUAUCAAAUAAGUCAUGCUCUUGAUUUUCUUCAUUCAUUAGAUUAUGUUCAUAUGGACGUUAAACCAGAAAAUAUUUUAAUUACACAUGAUGGAAUUCUUAAACUUUGUGAUUUUGGUAUUGUACAUGAUUUACGAAGUUCAUCAACGUUAGCACAAGAUGGUGAUGCACGUUAUCUUGCAUUUGAAGUUCUAUCGGGUACAAUAUCAACAGCUGCGGAUGUAUUUAGUUUAGGUUUAGCAGCAUUUGAAUUAGUUAGUGAUUUUGAUUUACCUGUAAAUGGUGACCUUUGGACAGAUAUUCGAGAAUUAAAAUUACCAUCAGAAAUAACAUCAAUAUUAACUGAUCUUGAAUUAAAAGAACUUCUUUUUCGAAUGAUUCAUUCAAAUUAUAAACAACGACCAACAGCGAAAGAUGUACUUAAUAGUCCUAUAGUUCGAGAAAUUUGUCAUGUGAUUUCACCAUUUGCAUUUAAUCAACAAAAACAUGAACAGACGAUUUCAUUAACCAAUAGUACUAAUUCUCCAGUUAGUCAUGGUUGUCGUACACCGAUUAAAAAUCCAAAACGACCACCUAAUUAUGCUGGUUAUCAUGAAGAACAUUCAGAUGAAGAAAUAAGACAAAUUUCUAUUCAUCAUCAUUCUCAAUUAACACCACCGCCACCACCACCGGUUCCUACUGAUCCAGUACGUAUUCGUCUUUUUCCUGAUGAUUCAGAUGAAGAUACCAAUAAUAAACAUAUUUAUUCUCGAAAAUCUCCAAUUAAAUUAAAAUUUGACAGCAGUGGUGCCGAAGAUUAA